AAAUUUCCCUUUUCUUCCCGAAUUUUGGAAGCAUAAAUGGAGACGCAAUUUCAUGGCGGCGAAGAAGAAGAUCCUUGGCUCGCUGCAGACAAAGUCUACCAUGUAGUAUUCUGCUUCUCCAUCUCUCUUCUCUUCUCUACUCUCGCCUCUCUCUCCCGCUACUCCUUUCUACGACGUCACUCCAUCUGGAUCGGAUCUGCUUUCUCAGUCGCCGCCGGUGCGGCAAAAGAAGCUGCCGAUCAAUUUGGUAUCUUCCCUUCCGCAGGUGCUUCCGCUAGAGACGCCGUCGCGGACGCCAUUGGAGUUGUGAUCGCUGCUUUGGUUCUCUUCCUCUGGAAAUCUCGCCGAUCACGUACCCGACCCAUCCUUCCGAUUUGAAUUGAAUCUUUCUUACUAAUUGCUGCCGAUUCAGAGUAGCUUAUAUAAUCCAUUGAAGCUUGUCAGUGUUGUAUCCUCCGAUUUUAUCAAAAGGUUGAUCGAUUUGAUCAUCACAAUUUUGAAAUUUCAUCGGAUUCCUCAUCAGUCCCUCACUCUCUCUACUCCUCUCUCUCUCUCUCUUCAUCAAG